UUCACGUUGCGAAGAGUCUCUGGUUUCAGCAGAGUCCAGAACUUCACUGAGGUCGACAUAUCCUAUUCAGCUCUGAUCUUCAUCUUGAACCAUGAAAUCUCUACAGAUCAUCUGUCUUCUUUUCGUUUUGGUAGCCAGAGGAAGCUGUCGCUCAUGUGAAAUUUGUCACAAUUUUGGAAAAGAUUGCGAGAGUGAGGGGGCAGAGGAAUGUGCCUCUCCAGAAGAUCAAUGUGGCACAGUGUUGCUGGAGAUUUCAUCAGCACCUAUUUCCUUCCGAUCCAUUCAUAGGAACUGUUUCUCAUCCAGCCUCUGCAAACUUGAACACUUUGAUAUAAAUAUUGGACAUGAUUCCUAUAUCAGAGGAAGAAUCCACUGUUGUGAUGAAGAAAGGUGUGAAGCAAAGCAAUUUCCUGGUAUGUUUGCUCAGGAGGUCUAGGACCCAAACCCUCCC